CCCACAGAUUUCAACGGUUUCAUCCCAACUCCCCACCCCUAUAAAUUCCUCUCUACUCAAUUUCUUAAUUAACAUAGCAUUAGCAUUAGCAUUAGCAUACAAACAAAUCCAGAUUGAAAAUGAAGAAGGGGAUCGCAACUGCGGCUUUGUUUGUGAUGGUUGUGAUGGCAGCUGCGGUGGUGCAGGAUGCUGCGGCGGUGGAGUGCAACCCAAUGAAGCUGUUCCCGUGCCUGGGGGCGAUAUCGUCGGGGCGGGAUCCGUCGGCGGAGUGCUGCACGAAGCUCAAGGAGCAGCAGCCGUGCUUCUGCGAGUACAUCAGGAACCCGCAGUUGAAGCCCUACGUUGACUCUCCUAAUGCCAAAAAAGUUGCUGCCGUCUGCGGCAUCAAGCCUCCGACUUGCUAAUCGAGUUUUAAUUAAAUUCUACUACUACCAUCUUUUUUAAUUUCGGAUUCUGUUUCAUUCCAAGUAAAAGACAUAUUGCCAAAAGGGGAAACAAACAAGUCGGAAAAAACACAAUAAAACCGAAAUAAAAUUAUGGU